AAGCCAAACGCCAAUUGCGCGAUGUGCCAUCGCUAGCGCGAAAUAAGCAACGCCAAAAAAGAAAUAGAAGAAAAGCAAAGCAAGAGCAUCAAGUGCGAAGAAAAUCGGCACAAUUCGAAUCAAUCGCCGCGGACGAGGAGCAGAUUCUGGAGGAGAUUCGUGCGCCGAGGAGCCUGACCACGGAGAUCCUGCCCAGCGGCACACACUCGCUAUCCUUGGCAUCGAGUGUGCGUGAGUGUGUGCGUGCGUGUUCCGUGUUCCGACACCCCAGCCCCGAGUGUGUGUGGGUGUUUGGCCGUGCGAGUGUGUGCGUGUGCAUCUCGUCGAGAACGAAAGUCGCUCUUUUCCUGGGUAAACAAAAACAAAACAAUUGGAUGUGAGCAGCAGGAUCAUCGCCCCAUCAAGGACUAGCAACCAAGGAGCAACAGCAGAAGCAACAUGUCCUCGUCGACGUCAGAGCGCAAGCGCUACCACAAGGACAACGCGCCCACGGACGACAUCCUCACGCUGAUCAACCUGGUGCGCCAGAACCCGGCCCUCUACAACUACAAGCUGCAGCCGAACCAGCGACGCCGCUCCGACGUCCUUAACGGCUGGCAGGAGGUCGCCCAGCAGAUAGGAAACAAGUACACCGUGCAGGAGGUGCGUCGCAAGUGGAAGAACCUGCGGGACACGUUCCACCAGUACCGCCUGCGCACGCCCAAGUACAUCGAGGGGCGUCUGUCCAAGUGGCGCUACGCCAAGGAGCUGGACUUCCUAUCGACGGUCUACCAGCCCAAAUUGAAGUCGCACCGCAACACGCAGGGCGGCUAUGAGGCGACUAGCGGAGGAGGAGGAGGAGGAGGUGCCAUUGGAGGCACUAAUAGCACCAGUUUGCCCAUCGGAGCCAUGCUGCAUUUGAAACAGCACGACGACGAGGUGGACGACGACGGGCAGUCGGAUCACGACACCGCCACUCUAUCCUCGCACCACGGCGCCUCUCAGAUCACCUUGGUCAGCGACGAGGCGGAGACCUUCAUCCUGACCGCCUACGAGGAGGGCGUCUCGGAUGACACCGUCUCGCAGCAUCACCAUGGUCACCAUGGCCACCACCAGCAGCACCACCACCACCAGCCGCACCACCAUCACCAUCACCACCACCAGUCGCAGCACGACGGCAGCAUCUCGAGCAUUGAGCUCUCCCAGAUUGCCCACGAUGACGAUGACGACGAUGAGGAUGAGGAUGGCCAGAUGGACAUUGUGAAGCACGAACUGGACGAGGACGGGGCCACCGGGGCGGAGGUGGACUACGAGGAGGUCUGCCUGUACGAGGAGGCCAGCGGUGCCCAUGUCGACUGCGAAAUGGGCGUCGGCGAUGCCGUCGACGGCGGUGAAAGCGAUGUGAGCCACGGCAAGGGCUUUCACUAUAUCGACGCCCACGAGUUCUGCAUAUCGGACAUCGAGCCACCGCAGACGGUUCGCUCCAGCCAGCAGCAUUUCGCGAGCAGCGGAGGAUCGGGCAAUGCCUCGAAUAGCGUGCUCGCCGAUGGCAAGCUCAAGAAUCUCACGCUGGUCACCACCACAACCUCCUCGUCGUCGGCAGCAGGUGGAGGUUCCUCCAAUCGCCACGACUCCGCCACGCAACAGAUAUCCCUGGUGGAUGUGACCGAGGCGACCAGUACGAGUGUGACUAUCUCCAGCACGCCGGCCAUUUCGCUGAAUGCCGCCACGGUGACCACAACGCCGGCGGCCGCCCUCUGCAACACCACAUCCUUCUCGUCCACGCCGACGGCCACCAUUCUGCAGCUUCCCUCGCUGAGCUGCAACUCCAACCAGCAGCCAUUGGCCGUCAGUGCGGCGGCCAGCAGCUCCAACAAUCUGGUCAAGGAGGAGGAGCUGCAUCAGCAGCAGCAGGUGGCCCAGGCGCUCGCCAAGCGGGAUGAGUUGGAUCUGUUUUUCGACUUCCUCAAGAAGAAGAUGCAGUGCUUCAGCAAGACGCAGAUCACGCACAUCCAGAUGGAGUUCCUCAACUGCGUCAGUCGGCAGGAGGCCGCCGAGCAGGAGGGCAAGGAUUAGUUGCUUAGUUUUUUCCAUGUAUAGGAUUAGGACGCGUACCGUUUACCAGUUGGCUUUCAGUUAGCUUUACCCACGAAGACCCGGAACCCCGAAUCCCCCUGCACCCGCCAA